GAGAGCGGAAAAGUCCCUCAGCCCCUGGGUAUGGAGAGUGCAAUCACACUGUGGCAGUUCCUUUUGCAGUUGCUGCUAGACCAGAAACAUGAGCACCUGAUUUGCUGGACGUCUAAUGAUGGCGAAUUCAAGCUACUCAAGGCAGAAGAAGUGGCUAAGCUGUGGGGACUCAGAAAAAACAAAACUAAUAUGAAUUAUGACAAGCUGAGCCGAGCGCUCAGAUACUAUUAUGACAAGAAUAUCAUCAAGAAAGUGAUCGGGCAGAAGUUUGUGUACAAGUUUGUCUCCUUCCCUGAGAUCCUCAAAAUGGAUCCCCACGCUGUGGAGAUCAGCAGGGAGAGCCUUUUGCUGCAGGACAGCGACUGUAAGAUGGCUCCGGAGGGCAGGGAGCAGCACAAGCACAGCUUGGCAGCGCUGAAAAGCACCAGCCGCAACGAGUACAUCCACUCUGGCCUCUACUCCUCCUUCACUAUCAACUCCCUGCAGAACCAGCCAGACCCCUACAAGCCAAUCAAAACAGAGAAACUGGAGGAGAAAUCAGAAGGGACCACUGCAGUGGAAGAAGUUCGGACCGUUAUCAGAUUUGUGACAAACAAAACAGACAAACAAGUCAUGAGGCCCAUGAUGUCCUUGCCUUCCACUUCCGAAGCAGCAGCUGCCUCUGCUUUCCUCAGCUCCUCAGUGUCAGCCAAAAUAUCUUCCUUAAUGCUGCCCAACAGUGCCAGCAUUUCAUCUCCAUCUUCAUCUUCCUCCAGGUCGCCGUCUCUGUCUCCCACCUCACCCCUCCCUGCAGAACACAGGAGCCUCUUCUUCGAGUCCACUUGCCACGAUUCAGAUUCCCUGGAGCCUCUGAACCUCUCCUCGGGCUCCAAGGCAAAAUCUCCAUCUCUUCCCCCAAAGGCUAAAAAACCCAAAGGCUUGGAAAUCUCUGCCCCACCGAUGGUUCUCUCCAGCACUGACAUCGGUUCCAUCGCCCUCAACAGCCCUGCGCUUCCUUCGGGAUCCUUGACUCCAGCUUUCUUCACUGCACAGACCCCAAAUGGAUUAUUGCUGACCCCAAGCCCGCUGCUAUCUAGCAUUCAUUUCUGGAGCAGCCUCAGCCCUGUUGCUCCCCUGAGUCCUGCCAGGCUGCAGGGACCAAACACUCUGUUCCAGUUUCCAACUCUGCUAAAUGGCCACAUACCAGUACCACUCCCCAGUCUGGAUGGAGCCUCUUCUCCAGUCCUGCUUUCUCCAAAUGCUCAGAAGUCCUGAUGAUGCCUCCUCCCACACCAAGGACUUGUUGGUGGAUUUA